AUGAGAUUUCGUGGUGUCCAUAAAUUUAAGAAAUCAGAUAUCAUCACUCUUGAACUGGAACCUUCUAAUACGCAUGAUAAGAAUGCGAUAAAAGUUAUGGUUAAUGGCAUUCAUAAAGCCUAUGUGGCGAAAAACGAGAAUAACUAUAAUCAAUCGGCAUCUUUAAUUCUUGAAUAUCCUUGGAUGGUCUGUGGAAGAUGUCGUGAUACGCUACAGGCAUCAAGGGUCUAUGACUAUAGUUAUUGA